AUGUCUCAUAGAAACAAAAGACAAAAAGUUGAUAACACGCUGAUCGAUGAAGAGCUCAUGAGUCAGGCCCAUGACCUGAACCAGUUGACCGGUUCUCAAUUUGACUCUCAGUCGGCAGACUCCAAUCUCCUUCCUAAAUACAAUACGGACCUGUCUAGUUUACAGAUCCCUAGCUAUGCCCAGCCGCAAUCUUCUCAGGGGGUCAAAACACCUUUGAAGCAGGAGACAGACUCUGAGGCCCAAAGACUUGUGAACGAAACCAUUGUUGCGCAGGCUGCUCAAGCUGCUGUUGCACAACAUCAACAACAGGCCCAACAGUAUUACGGUCAGCCACGCGGACAACACCAAUUCGACUACCAACAGGCUCACCAAUCACAGGCCCAGCAAUACCAUCUGCCUCCUCCUCCUCAGGUGUCUCAAUCGCAACAAUAUCACAUCCCGCAAGUUCCCGGACAGCCAAUCCCCGUGUCGGGAGAUUACUCACAAGUCCCAGAUCGUCACAUUCAUUCCUCAGAAAGCCUCACAGACGGUGGGGACCCAAGUGACUACUUGGUGACUCCGAUGAUGGAAGAACAAGUUUUCGAUAACGUGAAUGUUUUGAAGGAGUUUGUGAAAGAGUUUGGUAAAAAGAACGAAUUCGGAAUCGCUAUCGCCCACUCGAACAACAAGGCUAUUUAUUUCACAUGCGAGUUGGGAGGCUCUUACAGAGAGAAGAGAAGUAAGAAACACCAAGCUAGCCAAAGAUUCAGCGAAGCCAGCGAAUUGCAACGGCAAUAUGAAUCAAAAAAGAUUGGAACAAAAAAGAUAAGAUGUCCAUUUGCGAUGGUGGCCAACUUUUCUAAAAAGAAAAACUACUGGACUCUCAAGAUAACAGAGAAUAAACACAACCAUGCGAAAUUGAAUCCUUUGGAGGACUUCCCAAUGUUGAGAAAGCGGUCCAACAGAGUGAACUCCACAAUCAAGGAUCUAUAUUCUACUGGUGACAAGCCUUCUGUUAUCCAUCAAAAACUUACGGCAAUCUUCAGCGAUAUUGUGAUCAAAAGAGAAGAUAUCUACAAUGAGAUCAGAAUUUUGAAAAAGAAGGGAAUGGUGCCUACGAAUUCGGAGAUUAAGAGCAGAAAAGUGGCCGAUGAAGAUCUUUCUGUGGAUCAGCACUUCCACUCGGGUCAACAGCCGCUCCUGCAACCUUCUCAUGCUCACGGAGGCGGAUCUCACGAGAAUCUCUCCUGGGCUCAAGGAUACCCAACAAUUGAUCCAGACAACAAAAAAGAAGUGGAGCAGCAAGCUGCUGCUGCAGUUGCUGCAGUGCAGGCCUUGAAAGAUCAGCCUCAGCAUUUCCCUUCGUACCCUCAGCACUAUGCUCCUCAGCAAGGCGCAGCUUCUGUUCAACACUACCCGACCCAGCAACAAGGGUCACAGGCGCAAUCUUCUUACCAAUAUCCGACCUCACAAUAUUAUUCGAAUGCUCCACCAAAAGAAGAGCAUUUCAAUAUUGAUGAGCGAUUACUUGGAGGAAACUAG